AGAAAGAGCUCCGUAUAAUUUGCCUGCCUUUUUCUUAAUCUUCUUCAAACUCUUUCCAAUUAUUCCAAAGCUCUUUGCUUUGUAACAUUCAUCUCUCUUUUGUCUUUGCACUUCAGCUUCAAACUGUGAUUCAUUGUACAUUUCUGCUGAAAUAUACCAUAUAAAGACCUGAAAAGGGGAAUUUUAUUAGAGGAAAAACUAACUUUAAAUCAAGAUUUUGAGUGAGCUUCAGGAUUUGCAUCUUAUGUUUUUUAUUGCUCUUGGGGACAUUAAUGGUGCCUUGGAGUUGAUGCAAAUGGUGAGUUCUUUUUCAAAGUCAACCCACAAGAUAAGAGAAAGUGUUUUACAAAAAUGUUUUCUUUUUUCGCUGUGUUGAUGACUGGAGUUUUGGGUGCUUAAAAUUUUAAUUUUUGUUAGUAGCUUAAUGGGAGUUUAAAAUUUUCUUUUCGUACUGUUUGGCGGAUUUAUUGGUUGUUUGUAAAAGCUCAGAUUCUCAUCCCAUUUUUAACACAUACCUUUUCAAUUCACAAUCAAUCCUCUGUCUCUCACUCUCUGUGUAUCUUUGUGCAUUUGACUUGCAGUUUCCAUUUACAAAAAAAAUUGGAUUUUUAUUUUCAAAAUUCCUGCUUUUGUAUUUUAUUUUGCACACCCAAAUACAGUUCUAAACUUGAAACUGGUUUUGGGGUGGGAUUUUGUUUGUAGCACCAAAUGGGGUUCUUGAAAGCAUUUGAAUUUACAGUAAAGUUUCAAUCUUGGUGAGUUUUCUGCAACUUUUGUUUACAAAAAAUGGGUCGGUUUCACCUUGAAAUCAAGGAAAACUUGAUUCUUUCUCCUUCAUUGCAACCAUCUUUUAUUCCUCAGCCGCCACCAUCACCUUCUCCUCCACAAGAUGUUAAUGAUGGUUUCAAUUUUAACAAUAAGGUCAGUCCUAGUAUUUUGCUUACCAUUAUAAUUCUAGCUGUGAUUUUCUUCAUUUCUGGUUUGCUUCACCUUUUAGUUAGGUUUCUUUUGAGGCCUCCCGGUAGAGAACCUGAAGAUUUAGAUACUGUAACUUCUCUUCAAGGGCAAUUACAACAACUCUUUCACCUUCAUGAUGGUGGAGUUGACCAGUCUUUUAUAGACACUUUGCCUGUGUUCUAUUACAAAGCCAUUAUUGGACUCAAGGACCCUUUUGAUUGUGCUGUUUGCUUGUGUGAAUUUGAGCCUGAAGAUAAGCUCAGAUUGUUACCAAAAUGUAGCCAUGCCUUUCACAUGGAGUGUAUAGACACAUGGCUAUUGUCUCACUCUACCUGCCCUUUAUGCAGAGCCAGUUUGCUCCCUGAUUUCUCUCCAAACAAUAGUUGUUCUCCUGUUGUUCUUAUUCUUGAAUCUGGGAGUGAGAGCUCUAGAGAGAUUGUUGCUGAUAGAGAAAGUGCUAAUCUAGGCAGAACAAGUUCAAUUCUUAGAUCAAGUUCCCAUCUUGGCCGUUGUGGAGACAGUGAAUUUGGAUCAUCUCACAUUGAUUAUACUCAAAAAUCUUGUGAAAUUUUAACAAAAGAAGAUGGAAAUGGAAUUCCCUCACCACCUGCAACAGUUGUUGUAGAUUCAGGGGAAAAAGUUGUGCCUGUUAAACUGGGAAAGUUCAGAAAUGUGGAUGCUGCUGAAACUAGUAGUACUAAUAAUAUUGAUGCCAGAAGGUGCUUUUCCAUGGGGUCUUUUGAGUAUGUAAUGGAUGAGAAUUCUUCAUUGCAAGUGCCAAUCAGAACCCCCAUGAAAAAACAGGCUAGCAAGAAACCUUCUUUGCCACUGGGUUACAGGCCAGCUAUGUCUGAAUGUGAUUGUGAAUCGAGAAGAGAAUUCAGUGGCUUCGACAAUUUUAAAGGCCUUGAAACUAAUUUUGGUGCUAGUAUUAGUUCUAGCAAGGAGAAUGCUGUUGGGAGGAGCAGAAGGAACAGGGAUAGCUUCUCUAUCUCGAAAAUAUGGCUUCGAGGUAAGAAGGAGAAGCAGAUUUUACCAGAAGACCCGUCAAGAAGGGCUUUCUCAUUCCGGUUUCCAGUGACUAGAAAUGUUGCUGGGGAUAUGAAAUUGAAGAAUGCAAAUGCCGGUGCUAGGAGGACUGCUUCAGAGAUUGGCAUUGCUAGAUGGGAAACUGGAGGAAGUGAAUUAGGUCGAGUUGGGGAUAUGAAAUCAAAGAAUGCAAAUGCUGGUGCUAGGAGGACUGCUUCUGAGAUUGGCAUUGCUAGAUGGGAAACUGGAGGAAGUGAAUUUAGUCGAGGCGAUGAGGAAAAUCAAAGCGGUGGCAGUGUGGAUUUGCAGGCAAAGACACCAUCAUUUGCAAGGAGGACUCUACAUUGGCUGUUGGGGAAACAAAACAAGGUUGUUCAUUCAUCUUUUACACCAAAUAUUUAGUUUCUUUACUUGUUUAUUUUCUUGGAUUCAUUUUCCAGGAAAACUUGUGUUAUAAUUUCUCCAUUGUGCAAGGCAGAAUUGAAUGAUGUGUAGAAGAACAAAAAGAAAGAGGAAAAAAAAUGAAAGCUAUACAUAGUUGUUGCA